AUGCAAGUGAGAAAUAUAUUUGAUACUGACAUGAAGAUAGGAGCAUGUUGUUCCAAGAAGACAGGGUACUGUAACUAUGGUCCAGAAGCGUGUGGUACCAAUAAUGUAAGCCCCAAUGAAGUAUGCUGGUCCAACUGCGAUGCCAAAGCCGAGUGUGGUAGAUUUGCCGAUCCGCCAGGUAAAAAAUGUCCUUUGAAUGUAUGCUGCAGCGAGUAUGGAUUCUGCGGGUUCACCAAGGAUUUUUGUGAGAAAAAGAGCGGGAAGAACAAGGGUUGUCAAUCGAAUUGUGACCAGCCUCGUCCUAGUGGAAAAUCAGGAGAACAGAAGGUGGUCGUUGGCUAUUAUGAAGCGUGGAGACAUAAUGUCCUCUGUCAAGGAAUGGGCUUAAAAGAUAUCCCGGUCAAUUCACUCACCCAUCUUUUCUUCUCAUUUGGGUAUAUCACUCCUGGAGAGUUCAAAAUCACAGGGAUGGAUGGUCUACCUUAUAGGUUGUUCGCCGACUUUACAGCUUUAAAAAGGAAAAAUCCAGGUUUGAAAACAGUCAUCGCUCUCGGCGGCUGGACCUUCAAUGAUCCAGGCCCAUCACAGAAGGUGUAUAGCGAUAUGGUAAGCUCCAAGGCGAACCGUUCCAAGUUCAUCCAGAACCUCUUUGCGUUCAUGAGACAAUAUGCCUUCGACGGUGUUGACUUUGACUGGGAGUAUCCCGGCGCUGCUGAUCGUGGUGGCAUCCCGAGCGACGGGAAAAAUUUUGUGAAACUCCUUAAAGAGCUGGAUGAGGAGAACAAAAAACAGCCCUUCCAUUACUCUGUAUCUUUCACAGCUCCGAGCAGUUACUGGUACUUGCGGCACUUUGACCUUGAGGCCGUUAAUCACGUUGAUUUCGUAAACAUGAUGACUUAUGAUUUGCAUGGUGUAUGGGACAGUGACAACCCGAUAGGAAGUCAUAUAUAUGGCCACUCGAAUAUCACAGAGAUGACACAGGCUCUGGAUCUUCUCUGGCGCAACAAUGUUCCCGCAAACAAAGUCAAUAUGGGCCUCGGCUUCUAUGGACGCAGUUUCCAGCUUCAGGAUCCAUCAUGCGACAAGCCAGGGUGUCCUUUCAAAGGAGGGGCCGCAGCAGGUGCUUGUAGUGGCGCGUCUGGUAUCCUUACUUACCGCGAGAUAAUGAGCAUGGUCAAAAAGGAGAACCAAAGGAGGAGCUUGGCCAAGGAGGACGCAAUUAAGCCGUUUCAUGAUAAGGAAGCUGGCGUCAAGUACGUCACCUUUGGCCAUGAUCAAUGGGUAUCCUUCGACGACAAGGAAACGUUCAAACAAAAGAAAGAAUUUGCGGCAGAACUUGGGUUGGGGGGUUAUUUGAUAUGGGCGAUUGAUCAGGACGACGACCAGCGUAGCGCGCUUCAAGCCGUCCUUUCACCAAAAGCUCUGGAUACGUUCAAGCAUUCAGCCAAAGAUGCAUCGUAUUAUGAGGACGCUCAUAUUCCGAGCUGCUACACGACAGGGUGCGAUGGCAACUGUAAAGCAGGAUUUAUCAAAAUUACAGAUCAGAAGUGUGGCGAAGGUGAUAAAAAGAGUAAGAUCUGCUGUCCCUUAUCCGGUGCUCCUGACCCUGCAGACUGUACCUGGCGUGGAACGGCACCAUUCUGCAACGGCCACUGCCAUGAAAAUGAAGUCACCCUUCAGUUGAACAAAUGGGGUGACGGGAAGGUAUGUGUGGAUGGUAACAAGGCAUUCUGUUGCAAAAGCUCCCUUGCCAAGGACAACACAUGCUACUGGCAGACUGAUGAUUGUCAACGUGGAGACAAGCCCUUGACAUUUUCUGGCAAAUGGCUGUCCUUCGACAUAGAGAUCGAGGAGAAGGUCAAGGAGGUGACGGGAAAGAAUCAACCCAUCGACCAGGUAUCAGGGGAUAAGUUGAAAGAGGUCCUAAAAGGACUUGACAUAUCGAAUUUACGAUUCUACUGCUGUCCCGAGAAAGAACUCGAGACUUGGAGAAAUUGUGCCUGGCAUGGCAAAAGAGAUAGCUGCUUUGACAACCAUUGUGACGUGCUUUCUGAGAACCUUUUCGAACAUCCUCCAACGGGUGACAAUGUUAAAACCGACUUUGAUCUUAAUCUGGACGAUGAGGACAGUAACCCAGGCUCUACUGCUUUUCAAUUCGUUGUGAUGACUUCCCCUGACGAGAUCCAGACGUCCCUCGAUAGGCGUGAUGGUUCACACUGGGAGGUAUUCGGCUGCAAUGACGCUGUCACGGAGGGCGAGCACACUGUCCAGAUGGUAUGUACCGACUUUUCGGAAAAUAGCAACUGCCACAAGAUAAGCCUUGGUAAGGGAGUACCCGGAACGAUUUUGCAAAUGCCAAAAGGGUGUGGCCCUGGUAAGUACGCCGUUGCCAUAUCAAUGGAACCUGCUAAACAUCAGUUGAUACCCCGUCAUUUGGCGAGCCGUGUACCAUCAAAGGGUGUUGUUUACGACUUAAAAUUUGACUAUGAUUUCUCUCGAGUUCCUCGUGGCAUGGGAAAUACACAGAUGCGAGUAGACUUCAGCAACCAGGAUAACUACUGGGAUGAAGUUGUGGCUGCAUCGCCAUCUAAGAAGAGGAAAAGGUCUCUCGAUGACGUCGGAGGCGAUCAUUUGAAAUGGCUGGAAGACGAAUUUAGAGAUGACUAUCACUUUGGGGGGCUUAACAAACGGGACCUUCAUGAGAGAUGGUUUGGCUCUUCUGUCAUCGAGUGGUUAAAAAAGAUGGUCACUCCUGAAAUCAAGCGUGACUACACUCACAGUAUUGAUGAGACUGUCACCGCAAUAAUAGUUGAUGAAAACUGGGAUUGCAAGAGGAAUGGUAUCAAGUACGAUGGCCAUGUCACUGCUAAAGCCCUCACUAACAUGAAAAUUUCCACGACCUUCGGCUUUACAUUGAUUGUUCCCAGCUUGCUCCCACCCCUUGACCUCACCAAAUCAUAUCUCACUUUUUACAACAAAGGAGAAAUCACCGCCACUCUCACCAUUGAUGCUAUAGCUCGUUUCACGUAUAGCAAACAAAAAACAAUCCUGACUCUUCCUUUCCCCGGAGCAACGUUUCGUAUUCCUGGGAUAGUGACUAUCGGGCCGCAAGUGCAUAUAUCUGGGUCUAUAGAUGCCCAGGCUACCUUAGCCGCCAAAUUUGAGACUAAGGUUGAUAUUGCAAAAUGGGAGAUCCGACAGACGCUCCCAUCUGAUGGCUCGGAGGAGUACAAUCCACAGGAUAUUGCAAAAGGUCAUCCAGACUUAAGCAAAUCAGGAGAUUUUACUGGCAUCCAGAGGCCAGAGUUUUACGCGGGAGUUGAGGCAGCGGGAGAUAUUGUUGCUAAACUUAAUGCUGCAGCAGGUAGGUUUAAAAUUCUAACUGGACAAGUUCUCAUAUAUCUGCCCUUUUGGAAUAGUACUAACCUGAACCCAAUUUUACUAGAAUUUGGUGUAAGAUUUGAUGACGGCUGGGGCAUUGGAGGUGCCACAGCCGGUGUCGUGGGUGAAGGUCGUGUCAUGGUCAAGAUAGCCACCGGCAUUAGCACCACGGCUGAAUGCCCGUUUACUUACGGCAUGCAACUCGGCACUCAUCUAUAUGCCAAAGCUGACGCGCGUAUAUUCAAGUGGCCUGAAACCAAGUACGAAAUUGCCGGUAGGGAUAAGGACAUUAUCAAGGGUGGAGAGUGUCCAAAUCUCGGUAUUGGAUCAGUUGGCGGGGAGAGCUCGCCGCUCGACUCACGUUGGGCCACUGAGAAUAAUAUUACCUCCCACCACAUUUCCCGUGACCGUUCCUUGAGCGUCCGUGCCCAUGAAUUACAGAAACGCGCCGCUGUCUAUGGGCCAGCCUUCAGGAUUCCAGUUGGUGACCUUUUCUGCCCCACAAAUGAUGACAACCAGGAUAUUGGAGAUCCAAAGCAGUGCUGGCGUAUUAUGCCAAUUACCAGCAGUUAUUCGUAUGCCGCAAGCAUGGAUAGCUAUACAGACAUUUCUCGCAGGGAUGGUAGACUGGAGAAACGUGCUUCUAAAGAAUCUUAUCUUUGCCAUGAGAAAUCCAAGAUGAUUCCUGAUCUCUAUAUGAAGAGUAAUUAUCCCUCGUCUGGCAGUUUGCCGAACGCGCCUGCGUACGGUUUCACAACUACGGAUUGUACAAACUUUGACUUUGGAGCCCCUCUACCGGCCCGUUAUAUGAAUCCCAAUAACGCAGCAGACAAGAUUAAAUACGAAACCGAGCACGUGCUUGAAUUUCAACUCCCUGGCUUGUUUUUGAUGAAGCUUAACGAAGAUAAGGGUCAAUUCGAUCACCCCGACCCAAAUCAAGUUGACGCAAACGGCCAGCGCAAAAAAAUUAGCUUCUGUGAGUAUGUCAGACUUCUAUGGCCAGACCCGCUCACUAUAAAUCGUGCAAGAAAAAGUGCAGCCUCGCAUAUUGCAGACACAUUUCCAACGAUGCAUAUGUAUAGCGCGGAAUUAAUCGUCCUAGAGGACAGAAUCAACUUCCCAUUCAAAGCAAAGGCUUGGGGCAGUCCAUCGGUUAUUGCUUCCGAACCUGCGCUGAAGAAGGCGGUAAUGGAUAACCCUAUAAUGGCUAUCAAAACUAUACGUGCUAUGAUGGGCUCUGUUAAAUAUCAUCAAAGCCAGCAAAUCGCCAAAAUCCUGAAGGAUCAAAAGGAGCGCGUUGGAGCUAUUCUCGGGGAGCUUGAUAAUGAACUGAUUACUGCGACCUACGACGCCUGGGAAACCCAGGGCCUUAAGUCUGAGUGGAAGACCUUCAUGGACACGAAAUUUGUCAGUGCUCACAGCAAAACAACACGGCCGAUCGAAGACUAUACCAAAAUGUUAAAGGACAUGUACCUUGACCCGCAGUAUGUUCAGGGCGCCCAAGACAAGCAGGGUGAUUCAAGCAAGGUAAAGGAUGAGAAAAAGAAGCAAAGAACGAUAAUAUCAAACGUCAGAGAACUUGAUGCUGCCGUUUCGGCUCUCCCUACUUGGACGAACCCAUUCUAG